AUGGUGAUCUUGAGAGAGAGCGGCGGCGCGGGGAAGAAGACGACGCAGGGGAGGAAGAAGAUCGAGAUCAAGAAGAUCGAGAACUUGAGCAACCGGCAAGUCACCUUCUCGAAGCGGCGCGUGGGGUUGUUCAAGAAGGCCAGCGAGCUCUGCAUUUUGAGCGGCGCCGAGAUAGCCAUCAUCGUCCACUCCCUCGGAAAGCGCGUCUUCUCCUUCGGCCACCCCUCCACCGACGCCGUCGUCGACCGCUUCCUCGGCGGCGGCGACGAGCGGGACGGCGCCGUCGCCGCCACCGCUGUCAACACGAGGGACUUCAACCGGCACUACUCCGACGUGUCCAAGGAGUUGGAGGUGGAGAAGAAGCGGAGGGAUAUGAUCGAGGAGCAGAAGAAGGCGGAGGGCCACGGCGGCGGAGAUGGCUUCUGGUGGAAUCAGGAUGUGGAUGAGAUGGAACUGGACGAGUUGGAGCAGUUCGCCAUGGCGCUGGAGGAGCUCAAGAAGAAUACCGAUCUUAGGGCUAACGAUCUCAUGAUUUCCCACUCGCUGCCGCCGGUGGUCGCCGCCGCGUCCCUCACCAUGCAGAUCCCUAGCGCCGCGGCAUUUGAGGAAGCGCCGCCGCUGUUUGGGGGGCAGAGUAAUUUCGAUUUUGAGAAUUGCAUUGUUCCGAAUCAAGGGUUUGGGCAUGGCCAGUUUUAAUUUGAC